GGUAAUGGGGUCCUCAGAAGAACCUUCAGAAAAGAGAAGACGUCUAGCAAUGGAGGAACAGAUGGCAGUGUAUCUUAGAAGUGAACAGGAACGCCAACUAUUUUCGAAGUUAGCACCAUGGCUAGUAAUACCAUUUGAAGAAGAAGGUAAUAAGCAGAAUCAAGCAUUUUAUACAUUUGUGAACCAAACAACAAAACUUUUAGAAAAUCUAUACCUGAAUUAAGUGGUAACAAAAAAUUCUAUCAAAAACCAUCCCAUCAAGGAUGGUUAGUUAUUCUUUGUUUAGAUGGAGAUGAUUAUUGGUCUUCUGGGGUUUGUUUUUUGUGGAACCCUAUAACGUUACAGACAUUUAGGUUACCUAAUAUUGAAGAUUUUGUUGAUGAUAUAUGUGCUGAAGAUGAUGAUAAUUGUAUUUAUGACUGUGUUUUGUCUUCACCACCUGAUGAUAGUGAUUCAAUGGUUUACUUCCUAGUUUUGGGAUUAGUUAAUAUGAUUGUAUUUUGUCGCCCUGGAGAUAGAAAAUGGAGAGUAGCAGUGAUUCCCAAUACAAUUGCAAAUUCCGAUGAUUUGAGUACUCUCAUUUUCUUUAAAGGUAAUUUGUAUGUAUUGUGCUUUGUUGAUCAUCGUCAGCUCUUGGUUGAGAAGCGGCAAGUAGGGCGUGGAAGGGAUGAUAUUAUCCUCAAAAUCACACCAUUAGAGGUAACUCUGGACUGUUCGCAGUUUCCAUAUAUCGGAGGGUACUCGUGCUCCGGUGAACGGUACUUUCUCGAGUCGGAUGAAGAAUUAUUCAUGAUUGACCUGAUGUGUUUGAACAAAAGAGGUUACAAUCAUAGGGCUGUCUCAGUACAUGUGGCGAGGUUGGAUUUUUCUGAAAUGUCCUGGAAGGAAGUAAGUAGUUUAGGUGAUACGGUGCUAUUUCUGGGAGAAAAUUCUAAUGCUUGUUGCUCGGCGUCUGAAUUGGGUCUUAGCAAGGGCUGCCUGUUUUAUACAUAUCCUCAAGAUCAAUAUUUGUAUAAAUUUGAUGUAGAGGACAAGUGUAUUACGACUAUUUUGCCUUGUUUGGAGUUGCCAACGCCAUUCUUUGCGUUGAAUUGGAUAAUGAUGCCAAUACCAAUCGCUGAUGGUGUAGGAAGUAUGGAAAAUGUGUCAGGUGAAGUCAGGCAAGAGGAUUACCUGAUAAAGGCGAAGCAAACUGAUGAAAUAAUGAGUGAAGGCGAAAGUGGAAAUCAUGGGAAAAAGCAGACAGGGGAAGAGCUAGAAAAAGCAAUACCUUGGGUGGUCGUUAACGAGGAUAUUGUGGAUUCAAUAGCAAGUCAUCUUCAUCCAGUGGAUUUCUUACAUUUUCGCUCAGUUUGUAAAGUAAGUAAGGUUCCAAUACGGAAGCAGACUUCUGGGGCUAUAAGAACCACAUACUUAACUCCAUGGCUGUUGUUUUCAACCGAAAAACAUACCGUCUACAACUUUGUAGACCCAAUGCAUAAUAACGAGAAGUACCUCAUGGAACUCCCUGAGUUGCUAGUAGGUGCUAUAAUUCGUUCUCAAAAGGGCGGUUGGCUGCUGAUGUCAAAAGGUAACUUUAACUUAUUCUUCUACAAUCCCUUCACAGAAGAGAUCAUUCAACUUCCAGAAUUGAGCCAUAAUUACUGGUUUGCUGGCAUUGCAUUCUCCUCUUUACCAACUUCCUCGGACUGUGUAGUUUUUGGCAUUACACAACAAAAUAAAGAACGAAUAACCAUUUGCUUUGUUGAACGAGGAACUGAUAGAUGGAUAGGUCAGUACUUCCAAAGUAGUGAAAAGAAGUUCCUACCAGCCUUUAACAGUCCCAUUUUUCACAAGGGAGCUUUUCAUUGCGCAGAUGAUAAAGGAACCUUGGGAGUUUUUAAUUCGAACAAUAUCACUUGGAAAGUUCUGGAAAGGCCCCGUGGUCUCUCUAAUGCUAAAUAUAUCAGUUUCUUGGUAGAGUGUCAAGAAGAGCUUUUAUUAGUACGAGUUCUUGGAAUGUCUAUUACGAUAUUUAGAUUGGACAGCUCCAAAAUGGCCUGGCGGAAAGUUAAAAAUUUGGGGAAGCAUAUGUUGUUUAUCAAUUUUACAUCAUGUCUCUCGGCAAUUGCCCCGAAAAGUUGGAUGGAGAACAAAAUCUUUUUGCCAAGAUUGCAUGACGAGCAGAUUGUAUUCUUCUCGCUUGACACAGGUAUUUAUGGUGCAGUUGGAGGAAUGCAGUAUGCCAAGGAUUAUUUUGACACGAAGUGUUGGAAGAACUGCAUUUGGCUUGAACCUAACUGGUCGCGGUCUACAUCUCAAGAGCUCACCUGGCUCGGCAGUAACCUUCCAUGAACCGGGAAGCUAUUUUGGAAUAAAGAUGAGUAUUGUUUGGCUCUACAUCCUUGAUUAGAUUGUCAUAACACAGUCUGGAGCUGGAGAAGUUGUUAUCAGGCUCUUGGUAACUCACCUGAUCUCAUCAGUAUCAGUUGGGUGUUGGGAGAGUCCACUGCACCCUUUGUUUGAUGAAGGUAGUCACCGUUAUUGUUUCCGUAUUGAGAGUCUGAGACUCUUGUGACAGAACACAAUUUCUACCUGUGGCUGGGGGCAAAAGACAUGUGGGAGGGCAGAGGUCG